AUGGAGUCUUCCCAUGUCUACGGAGCCCCAGAAGAAUGCCACAGCAAUGAAUCCGGCUGGACAAUGUACAUUGGCUCUCCCACCACCGACGAAGACGACGACCACCUCAACACCAACAACGUUAAUGGAGAUUCCUAUGAAGCAGAAGAAGAAAACAGCGAUGAUUCCAUGGCUUCUGAUGCCUCGUCUGGCCCCAGUCACUGGUGGGUUAAUGGAAAGAUUCAUUCCAAGAACGACAAAGAUUCCAUCGUUAUGAUGAGGGGCAAGAAUCAUGGAUAUUCUGACAAGAGUUUCCCAGUUCCAAACUGCAAAACCAGCAAGAACCCAUCAUCAUCUGUGAAGAAGAAGAAGGAGAAGAAUGGAGGAGGAGGAGGAGAAAAGGAAGAGUCGUCUGUUCAUAGCGCAAAAUCCCACAAGGAGAGGAGAAGCUGCGGCGGCGGCUUUUGGAAGGGCAAAACAGGAAAGUGA